AUGGAAUGGUCUUUCGCGAGUGCAAUGGCAGGGAUGUCAGGUCCUGCUGACGAGCAUACGCGGCAGAGUAUUCAAGACUCGUACGACGCGUCGGAAACCACACCUACCAAUGUCAGCGCUUCGACUGACGCUCCUCCUUCUCCAAUGGACGCAUCUGAGCCAGGACCCGAACAGAAAGAAGAGAACGAACCAUCACCACGGCCGUCUCGCUCUCAAUCACAAACUCGCGCUCGCGCAACCCUGGACUGGUCAUUCGAUAGUGCCAUGCUGGAACUGAACGAUCAGAAACCAGACCCAACUCCAGAAACCACAAUCACCCAACAACCCGCUCAACGCGUGACGCCCUCUCGACCUGCUGCUCUCACACGAAUGAUGACUAUGCCAGUCACGUCCAACGAUUUCACCACAAUCGAGAACGAUGACACACCCCCAUACCAGCGGCCCGCAACCGCAAUGUCGGACGCCAUGUCCAUCACCUCCUCCACCAGCUCAGCAGACGUCGACCCGUUCGGCCUCGAUAACUCUUCCGACUCCGAAAUGCCCGGUCCCGCCACUCUAGAAGCAGACACUGCUCCACACGGCGGCAUAGGCGGCUACUACGUCACGCGCGGCCGCACCAUUCUCCCAGAUUCCUGGCCUUCCGCUGUCCAGUCCUCUGAUCCUGCUUCCGCCAACCAUUCCAGCCGCACAGUACGCAUCGGCGAUGAGAACUUCCCCGGCCCAGCUGCAGCCAUGAUUCCUCCCGGAGCCCGCCUGAACGCGAACGCCAAUGCUCACGCCAUGACAAAUAACGCGUCAAUCAGCAGCAGCAACUCUUCUGGGCAGUCCACCUCCAGCGUCCUCCCCAGCGGUCCCGCUCCUGCUUCUGCCCCAACGCGUCCAACAAUCGAGUUCCCCAACAUCCACCCACCCAACCUCGCCGCCCUAAGCAGCGGCGCAACCAACGAGGAGCUCGCCACCGAGCUAGAGCGCCUCCUAGAGGGCUUCAGCACGACUCUAGAGAUUGCAGCGGGGUUCUUUGCUGGUCCCGGCGUUGAUCCUAUUACUGGUGUUCAUCAUGGCUCAGAUGGGUACCCAGAGCUUGGUUCUGUUACUGGGAGUCUUCCGCCGACGAUGAGUCCGUUGGCCAUUGCGGCUGCUGGGAUACCGCUACGACGCGGGCGUGCGCGGCGCGGGCGUGGUCGUGGUAGUGGCGGGAGUGGUGAUUUGGGGGGUGUUAGUGGGAGUGGGAGCGGAAGCGCCGAGGAGGUUUGA